AUGGGCAGUGGCUUGCAGCCUCGCGGGGCGGGGCCCGAGCCCUUCUGCACGUCUGGUCUGACAGCUGCGGCCCUCCGGUUGAUCCUUCAGCCGCAACGCUGUCCGGCUGGCGGCCCCGGGGAGAGUCAGCAGCCGCAGUGGACCGGGGCCCCCCACCGAGCACGUUCCCCUCCUUAGGAACCCCGGCCUUCCGCGGGAAGACAGGUUCUGUUAGAGGGUGACCCCCGCGGUGCCGGCGUGAGCCCCGCCCGACUUCUCUGGGACGCCGACCCUCCCGCCGGCCCCCUUUCAAAGGAUCGGCCCAGUGCGGACUGGGGGGCCCAGUUCUUGUGCCCAUUUAGCAGGAGAGCGCGGGAGGCACUCUGCGUCCCCGGGCCUCAGUGACCGAACCACCUGGGGCCCUGAGAAUCGAGUCCUGGGUGGCCUUGUGUGGCUGCGGUAACGCGUGGGACCCGGAGCCCCGCCAGAACCUGUGCCAGGUGGGGUCCGCCGUGGGAAGCCUGCCCAGCCCCUGCCCAGGGGGAGAGCUGUCCUCAUAAAAAGUGUUGCACUGUUUCCCGACCGAAUUUUCCACCCAGCCCAUCAAUAGGGUCAUUAUGCACCGUGGAUGCCGCACUGAGGCUGGCUUUCCGCUCCCACGGCCCCCUCCCUGGCCCUGGGGGAGGGGGAGGCAGAGCAGGGCGGUGGGGCGGCCAGGGAAGGCCCCGGGGAGCAGAGGGUGCUGCCACUGGGACAGCAUCAAGACAGCCCUGACCACGGGGCCUGGAGGUGUCAUGUGCAUCUCACAUCUGCCUUGGGGAACACUGGGGGGCACGUGAGGAUGGCACACAGGUGGGGUUCUGGAAAAGGGAGGGCUGGGCAGCUGGGCAGGCCGACACACUACCCUUCCUGGUGAGUGGGGCUGGGGGUGCCCACACAGGCUGUGCCAUUGCCGGCUCGGCUGUGAGGCUGGUGGUGCUCGUCAGCCAGGACCCAUCUGGAGGGGCCGUCGCUGGGCAGAGCACAGGGCUCCGUGCAGCAGAGCUGCAGUUCAGACCCCAAGUUCUCACCCCUGACCACGACCCUGACUGCCUCUCGGAAUAGCCCACCGGUCAACGGGGUAACUGACCACGUGGCGAUUGACGGUGGACUCCAAGCCCUGACGGGUGUAGCCGUGGCCACUGGCAGAGGGCGGGAGGGCGGCCAUGCUCGCCCCCGAGUCUGGCCCACCCAGGGCGCCUCAGGCAGGAUCUGAGCAGCCACUGCAGGGCUGGCCCCUGACCCAGGGCAGAAGCAGAAGGAGUGCCCGUCGUCCCUCGGCCCAGCACCAGGCGAGUCGGCCCGUGGGAAGCCAGCCUGCUACGUCUCUGGCCCCCAGUGUCCCCCGGUGCUGGCCCGCCCUCCUCCUGGGGAGGCUGACAGUCCCCAGGCCCCACCUCCUGCUGCCACGCUCAGGAAAUAGCUCAGCCUGCCCUUCACUCCCCCGCCUUCCCCCCCACCCGGGCUCUGCCAUCCCCACACAGGGUGGGCCCAGCUGUUUCUAGCUCACGGAGAGUUCUACAAGGGAGGCCACCCUGAGGCGCCAGAGUGUUUCAAAUGCAGGUGUGGGGCAGACCCACGGCCGGACCCUGAGCCCCACACGGGCAGCGUCACGCACUCUGCCCACCGCAGCCAGCCGGAGCCCCCUCUGUGGUGGCAGGAGCCCCUGCCUGCCACUGCGGUCAAUGCCUGGGGGAUGGAGAGUUUCUGCAGUUGCACCGAGGAGGCCCCUUACCCUCCGGCGGGCAUGGACUCCAGAUGGGCCAGCUCUAGGGCGGGGAGGAUGCCCCUACCUGCCCACCCCCCCAGGAAUCCCACACACACGUGCAGAGCCCAUGAGCUCAGACUUCACGUCUGUUGCACUGGAAUUCCCCCAGGGCCAACCCUGAGCUGUCCCUGAGGGUGGAGGUGGAGCCCAGGCACCCGCGGUCUGCAGGGCAGCCCCGGCCUGCAAAGGGACGCCUUGGUGCCUCUAGGCCCAGCCUCGGUGAAGGCCACCACUUGAAGGCUAGGGCCAGCCGUCCUUCUGGGGAGAGGGCGGGGGACGGGGGCCCUCCGCCUUUCCCUUCUCUAAUCCUUUCAACAUACAGCCGUCAAGGGAGCUGGGGAAGCCCUGUCCCGCCCCAGACACCACCUACUGCUCCUCCAGGGACUGGAGGGGCCUGGUGAGGCAGGCGAGGGCACGGGCCCAGAAGGGAGGAGGGGGCUGCUGGCCUCACUGCCACUGGAUGCAGUCUCUGUGUCUCUGCCCUCCCAAAGGCAGGCUCUGGGGUGGCCGCCUCAGGAGGAGGAAGGAGGGGCUCUGACACUGGCCCAGUGACAUCAGUUGGUCUCACCUCUGAGCCUCGAGGAAACUCAAUCCCACUUUGUACCUGAGGAAACGGGCUCAGAGAGGUUGAGUAACUUGGGCAAUGUCAUACAGUCGAUGAGUGGCAAAGCUGUGAUUCGCACUCACGCCCAGAUGAGUCCAGGGCCAGCUCUUCCCCAAGCGUGACUUCCCUCUCCCAGAGGUCUCCUGUGGCCAUCUCCCUCCUUCCAAAGCCACGAGGCUGGUGACCUCACGCCUCCUCAGAGCCAAGGCCCCACCAGAAGGGCCUGGUGGAGGUGGGGGCUUCCUCCCUCAUCUCAGCCCGGGUCCUCAGCACCGAUUUGGGGUGGGGUGUCAGGAACCCAGAGCCUGUGUGGGGAGGGGCAGAGGGCCUGAGUCGACCCCUCAAGCCUGGGACCAGGCUGAGGGUCCGGUCACUUGGGAUGACGAGGCCUCUGGGUCAUCCUAGAGCCAUGUUGGGUCCCCCGGCCUGUCACCCUGGGGCUGUCCUGCCUCCAGCACACUGGCUGGCCUCAUGCAACCACACUGAGGCCGAGGGUUUCAGCAACCGAGAUGGUGUGUCCCUAGGGUGUGGUGCUGUCUUCGUGGGUGGUGCGUGGUCUUAGUAUCUCCUGGGAGGCUGAGCUGUGGGCGCCAUCUCCCACCUGCGCCCCAGCUCCUUCUCACAGUCCCCGCCUGUCCCAGGGGCUGGGCAGCCAGCCCUGGCAGACCCCUGUGUUCUGGGAAUGAAGGCCCCUGCCCAGCGACCCUUGGCCACAAACACUUGUGGUCAGAGGCCUGGCAGGUGGAGGCGAGCAGGCAUCCUUGCAGGCCAGGCUGGAGGAGAGUGGACAGGGCAGGGGGCAUGCAGGGUCUGCUGCAGCGGGGUCCCUCCUCGCCCUCCAGAAACCUCGGGCCCCUCACCCCGGCCAGGGCCAGGGCCCCAAGCCUGGCGCAAGGAACCGGGGCAGGAAAGCUUCCCACCGGGGAAAGACGCCAGUGCCUGCAGCCAAAGGCUUCCCCUUCCAGGACCAGAGCAGGUGUGACUGCCCCCAGCCGGGUCCCUCCCCACCGCCACGUCCCACGCCCAGCCUGUUAUAAAUAGGAGGCUGCCUGGCCAGCGUUGGGCCACGGCUGCUUUGUCAUCUGCUAGAACCGCCAGCAGCACCGCCACUGUCGCAGCCACCCAGCACGGGAGGUUGGAGACACCCACACAGGGAGGCUCCAGCCUCAAGGUCCCAGGGGUGCCUGAGGUGGCCUGUGGCCGGGGCAGUUGGGGCAGGCCAUCUCUCCGGGUCUCCCCUGCCUGAAGUGGAGGGGCCACGUCCCACGUGAGAGGGCAGGGGCUCCUGUCCACACCUUCAUCACGCCACCCCCACUGACAGAGGGCUUGCUGUGUGUGAGAGGAGUGUGUGUUCGUGCAAGUGUGUGUGUGUGCGUGUGCUGCGUGAAGGGGCCAUGCACCCCUGCUCCUGCCGCAGCUGAGGCGUCAGGGACCCGCGGUGCCCACACUCACCCCAGCGCAUCCGCCCCAGUGGCAGGACCCUGCUCCCCGUCUCAGGAAACCCUGGAGGUGCCUGGGUCUCCAGAGCCACCCUCCUCCUGCUCCAGCUGGGGUGGGAGGCGGCCGGUACGGAGUCCCAAAGAACCUUCUGGAGCCCCUUUUGCCUCGCCAGUAUCACAGGGCUGAGGAUCCUGCCUUCCCUGUGAGGGCUCAGUGUGAUCACGGGACACACGUGUGGGCAGCGCUCUGUCCCGUGUGGGACCCGCCAUCAGCACCCCAUGCUGGCAUGUGCCCUUGGCCAGGCCACCUCCACAAACCCGAGGCCUGGGCCCCACACAGCUGGCUGGUGCUAGGGUGCCAGCACGUGCCAGCUGAAUGCACCAGGCCCUUCCUCUGGCUCAGCGCCCUCCCCAAGCGCCAGCCCAGGCCCCAUUGGCUGGAGGGGCCAGAACUCAGGGGGCUGCACCCCAAGUGUGAGAGGCCUAACGAUUCAGACCAAGAUGGGGACAUUGUGGGAAGUCCGCAGUAGGCCCGGGCAGUGACUCAGUGCGUGUCCUGGACCGGCAGCCCUGACCUGGUCAGGGCUCCACGGCCCUGCACACUGGGGGACCUGGGUCCCGGGACGCUGGAGCCUCCAGGUGGGAAUGGGGGCCAGGCAGGCCUCGGGUCCACCUCCUUGCGGCCCUCAGAUCCCCACCACGUCUGGCCCAUCAGCCUGCUGCCUACUUUUCUGGAAGCCCGAGGCCCACAAAUGGACCAUCCCUGGGGACUCAGCUCGGUGGACAACUCCCCACCCCAGGCCAGCAGCGCCCACCGGUCUACAGGCCUGACCCUUGGCCCAGAUGUGGCCAGACCUGCCUGGCUCCAUCGGCCCCAGUCAAAGUGGCCAUGCUGGCCGCUGAGGGUUGGUGGAGGCCGUGGAGGCCCAGAGUCCCGUCAAUCCUCAGCACUGGGCUCUAGGCCCACCCUGAGCAGGUCACCUGGCUGCCCCUCACCAGAGGCCCCUGGCCCACUUGGCAGAUGGCAGCAGAGACCCACCCAGCCUCGAGCCUGCCUGCAAACAAGGCCAGGCGUGGCCUGAACACCAUGUCCCCUGCUGUCCCUGCCCCACCGCCCAGGCUCAGCUCUGGCCAUGACAAGACACACCCGCGGAGGCCGCCUGGUGCCCUGCCGGUCAUCACAGGGGAGGGCCGCAGCAUCGGUCCCAAGUAUGGACCAGCUUCUGAUGGGGCCUCUCUUGGGCAUCAGCAGGCCGGGCUGGGCCACUGGAGGCUGAGGGACGCGACGGUCCCGGGAGUUCCCAGGGACAGAGAAUGGAAGUCGAUGGCAUGGCCCCGGGUGGGGACACCUGGGUGGGGUCAGACCGGACGGUGGGCUGGGACCCCACUGAGGCUCGCUUCUGGGAUUCAGGCUGGAGCCAUGGCCCAAGCAACUGGUGGGGGGCCGGGGGCCCGAACGUGCCCCCAGCUGCCGCCAUCGCCACCACCGCCCCCGCCCGAGGAGGAGCGUGGGGAGAGGCUGGUGGAGCUGCGCGCCUCGUUGAGGGAGCUGGUCGCCACCUUCUGCACCAACGGCACCAUCCACGGCGCCAUCCGCCUUGUGUGCUCCAGCCAGAACCGCCUCAAGACUGCAUCCUGGGGGCUGCGGCUCGCGCGGGCCCUGGGCGUGCUCUGCUGGCAGCUCGGACUCCUCUUCAGGCAGUACUGGCGCUACCCGGUCAUCAUGACGGUGUCCGUACACUCGGAGCGCGGCACACGCAAGCUCUUCCUGUCGGUCACCCUGUGCGACAUGAACCCGCACCGGCUUCUGAGGACGGCGGGGGAUGGGGGCCGCUCUGCUCUCCGUGACACCCAGACCACACCCAGCCCGCCGCCCCCUGCGGGCGCUGGACAACUUUGCCCGGCAGAACAUCUACUCCCUGUGUGGGUUCAACUUCAGCGACAGCGUGGACGCCCCAGGGGCCAAGGCCCCGGGCCCCGAGCCCACCUUCCAGCUGGACCGCGGGAUCCACCUCCAAGGCUGAGCCCCCUGGGGGGCCAGAACAGAGUGGGCUGCAAACUGUGUAACAGCGCUGGAGGCGACUGCACCCAGCAGGCCUACUCCUCCGGCGUGGUGGCCGCCCGGGAGUGGUACCGCUUGCACCGCGUGAACGUUCUGGGCCUGCUGCCCACGAGGACGGCCACCACAGCCGCGGCAGACACUGUCUUCUCCUGCCGCUACGCCGGCCAGGACCGCCAGGCCCAGUGAGCAGGCGGGUGGCUGCUCGCCCCGCCACGCCCCAUGCAGUGGUCUGCCGGCCCCACGGCUCCCUCCAGAGAUAAGGCAGCUGUGGUCCCCUCCCUGCAACCCCGGGGCUGCACACAACAGGGUGAUGGGUCAGGGGUAUGUGCGGGUCUGAGCGUGGCCCCUGGUUCCAGACACUUCCAGACCUCGCACCACCCCAGCUACGGCAGCUGCUACACCUUCAACGGUGUCUGGGCCGCGCAGCACCCUGGCAUCACCCACGCUGAGUGCCAGCCUGGGCUGGGUGUGGGCGGGGUGUCCAGGCCGGCCUGGCCUCACCCCCGGCCUCCCCCAGGGGUCAGCCUGGCCCUCGGGGCGAAGCAGCAGGAUCAUCUUCUUCUGCUGCCCACGGAGGCCGGCAUCAAAGUCGUGAUCCGCACGCGUGACCACACGCCCUUCCUGGAGCACCGGGGGCCUUCAGCAUCGGCCAGGGACUGAGACCACCUCCGAGAGGACAAGGUGCACCGGCUCGGGAGCCCCUGUGGGCACUGCACAGACAGCACGGGGGGCGUGGAGGUGCAGCUGCUGUACACUGCCUCCUGCACCAGGCAGGCCUGCCUGGUCUCCUGCUUCCAGCCGCUGAUGGUGGAGACCCGCUCCUGCGGCUGCUUCUUCUACCCCCUGCCUACGGGGGCCCAGCACUGCAACUCCGUGCGGCACCCGGCCUGGGGCCACUGCUUCCGCCGCCUCUGCAAGGACCUGGAGACCCACCGGCUUCCCUGCGCCUCCCGCUGCCCCCGGCCUUGCAGGGGAUCUUCGUGCAAGCUCUCCGCUGGGACCUCCAGCUGGCCUUCCUCCAAGUCAGCCGUGAGGACGGCCCCGCCCCUCUCGCCUGUGCCCCGCCCCAGGAGCAACCUGGCCAAGGUGAACAUCUUCUCUCAGGAGCUCAGCUACCGCACGGUGGACGAGGGCCCGCAACACCCAUAUGUGCCACAGCUGCUUUCAGUCACGGGCAGUCUCUGGAGCCCGUGGUUCGGCUCUUGUGUCCUCUCAGUCGUGGAGAUGCUGGAGCUGCUGCUGGACGCUGCGGCCCUCGCCCUGCUGCUGUGCUGCCGCCAGCUCCACGGGGCUCGGGGCCAGCCCAGGGCAGCCACGGGGAUGCCCGCUCCGAGCCAGAGGCCGGCUGGUGGCCGGGUAGCUGCAGGCAUGACGUCGAACGCCUGGGGGCCCAGCUCCACCUCCCAUGAUGUUGCAGGGGCUCCGGCAGGGGUCUUGGCUGGAGGUCAGCCCGGUGUGGGCCCCGGAAACUCCUGACACCUGAACCAGCCUGCGAGUGGCCUGACCCUGGGAGCUGUGGCAGCAGUGGGCUCUCCCGGCUGCCCAGGGCCGGCCAGUCCCGCCCCACAGGCCCCCCCCACCCCCCGCCAGCCGAGCCAAACCCGGGGCCCAAGAAGCAGCGGCACCAGAGCCCGAGGGCGGGCAGGCGCCAGGCGCUAGCACACAGGGCCUUCUUAGCGCAGCUGCCUGCCGGGCAGUGACCUCACAGGUCUCGGGGAGGCCUGGGGCAGGGAGCAGGGGAGCGUCCCCACUACUCGGGAGCCUCGCGUUCAGGGCGUGACGGAGCAUCUCCCGUAUGUAGGAGUGUGCACGCGUGCAUGAGGUAGGGGGGCGCCCCAAGGGAGUGUGUUUGUCUGGUGUCAGCGUCAUACAUCCACAUGUUUCCGAGCAUCAACACGUCUGUCUACACCUCCGUGCAGGUGUGUGCAGGCAUCGGGCAGAGCCCCCCUCGCUCAGGGCCAGUGGGA